UGAGGGAUAAAACACACUGUCCUCCCCCUCUACAGUUCACGGAAUUUACCUGUUUUCACGAGGAUAUCUUCACAUGCCAACAUCGGAUAUUUAUGAACAUCCGCAUCGGUUUAUAUCAGUAACUUGACGGGAAAAAGAAAGCAAGAAUGGAUCAGAAUCUAUUUGGUGGGGCUCCACGGUUCCUAACUCGACCCAAGGCCUUCUCGCUGUGUGUGGGACGAGAUGCCUCCCUCAGCUGCACUAUUGUAGGAAACCCUGUUCCCGUGGUCACCUGGGAGAAAGGCAAGAUGCUUCUUUCUGCAGGUGGACGCUUCAAGAAAGUAGAAGAUGGUGACGUUUACCGACUUACCAUCUACGAUCUAACUCUAGAAGACAGCGGUCAGUACAUGUGUCGUGCCAAGAACAAUGUCGGAGAGGCAUAUGCAGCUGUGGCCCUGAAGGUGGGACUGCCGGAAACUGUGAUUGAUCGGGCCCCAGUGUUUACAGUAAAGCCUGUCUCCACCCGUGUGGGUCUAGGGGGUGACGUUACCUUCUAUUGUCGGGUGGCAGCCCAUCCAGCACCCAACUUUGACUGGGAAAAGGAUGGUCGCUACCUGGGUGAGACCAACCGCAUCAAGAUAAUCUCGGAAAAUGACUCCAGCUCCUUGAGGAUCCAGAGUGUUAGGAGCUUGGACAGUGGUACCUACACCUGCCGUGUGCAAAACUCCAUUGGCCGUGCUCAGGCCGCUGCUGCUCUGGUGGUCGACCUUCAAGAUACUCAUCUCCUGAAUGCAGACAAGAGCACAUCCCUCCUCUCACACAUGCAGAAGCGGAAAGAAGAAAUGCGGAAGGACAUCUCCUUAUACCGUACCAUGGAAAGUUCCUCAACCACGCAUACAACUUCAUCUUCCAUGAUCACAGAGGAACAUGGAAGCUUGGGACUCGCCUAUGAUCAGGAGCAGAGGGUUUCAGCCUUAACCAGCAUGUUGCCCAAAGGUGUGUUUACCCGCACCUGUACGGUGACCGAGGGUAAACAUGCAAAGCUUAGCUGUUUCGUCACAGGCCAUCCCAAACCUCAGAUUAUCUGGAGGAAGGAUGGGGCGAACAUCAGUGAGGGCCGCAGACAUGUUAUGUAUGAGGACCAGACGGAGAAUUUCAUCCUCAAGGUGCUCUACUGCAAACAAAGUGAUAAUGGGCUGUACACCUGCAAUGCAUCCAACUUGGCUGGACAAACCUAUAGUGCUGUGCUAGUGAUUGUCAAAGAGCCAAAGAUUCCAUUCAAAAAGAAGCUGCAGGAUGUCGAGGUGAAGGAAAAGGAAACGGCAACUCUGCAGUGUGAGGUGCCAGUGCUGAACACAAAGGCCAGCUGGUUUAUGGAGGAGACCCGUCUGGAGGAAAAUGCCAAGUACCGCAUGGAUGUGGAAGGGACCCUGCGCCGCCUCACUAUUCACAAUGUCACCACCAAUGAUGAUGCCGUGUACAUCUGUGAGAUGAAGGAAGGCAGCCGCACUGUGGCCGAACUUACAGUGCUGGGCAACAUCACUAAAAAGCUGCCGAGGAGGACAGUGGUGCCGGUUAGUGAUACCGUGAUCUUCUGUGUGGAACUGGAGAAACCAGUAGAUGAUGCAUACUGGACCAGGAAUGGGGAGAGGCUAAAAGAGGACUCCCGAAUUAUUAUCGCCCGCAUUAACAGACAGUACACACUGACCAUUCGCGAAUGUACUGCAGAGGACUCGGGUGAGGUGGCUUUCAUCGCCCAUGACUGCAAGACAUCCACCCGCUUCUCUGUCACAGCACCAAGGAAACAUCCCCCAGAUCCCCCAGUUGAGCCAGUGGUGCGGAACAAGACAGAUUCAUCGAUCACGCUGUGCUGGUCUCCACCAGACAGUGAACGGCCUGUGCCCAUCACCGGCUAUCUCGUUGAGCGCAGGAAGGUGGGAGCCCAAACCUGGGUUAAAGUCACUAGUACGUCUGUGUCUAGAACUGAAUACACCAUCAGUGAAAAUUCAGAAGAAGCAAGCUAUCAGUUCCGCAUCUCAGCGGUCAAUGAUUUUGGUCAGAGUGCCUACUUGGAGGUUCCUGGAACGUUUUACCUUGAGCCCACAGCAUCAGUGAAGACAGGCCUGGUGAACUGCAGUGCACAUGUAGGUGAAGAAGCUACCUUCACUGUUGAGCUCUCAGCCGUAUGUUCCAGCUCCUGGACCAUAAAUGACAGAAUGAUCCGCAGUGGAUCUGAGUAUCUGAUCACACGCUCAAAGACCACACAUACGCUGGUCAUCAGGGAGGUGUCCAUGGAACUAAAUGGAGCACAGGUCAAGUUUGUGGGUGGUGGAUCUCAGAGUGUUUCCACGCUUACUGUGAAAGCCGCACCCGCACGUUUCACCAAUAAGUCUUCUCAGGUGGAGGUGUUUACUUUCAGCAUGCACUCCUCUGCUCAGAUGUACACAGAAGUGUCCGGUUCAAGCGUCCAGGUUGUUUGGAUGAAGAAUGGGAAGGAGCUGAGGAUGGGUAAAAAAUAUGAAGCCACAAGUGUGGAGCGUAAACGCACACUGACAGUCCACAACGUUGACUGUGAGGAUGUGGGCAUCUAUGAAUGCAUGUGUGAUGGCGAUAAAAUGUCUGUCCAGCUCGCCCUUAAAGAAGAACCAGCUAAGUUUGUUAACAAGCCGAGGGCUCAGCCCCAAGAGAGUGAUGCUCUUGUGGGCGACGUGGUGUUGAGCUGUGAGGUUGGUUCUCCUGGAACUGCUGUUGUGUGGAAGAAAGAACAGUCAGAAAUAAUGGAGGACAAGAGGACAACUUUUAUAUCUCAGGGGACACAAAGGAAGCUGGUCAUCAGGUGUGCCAAGCAGAGCGAUGAAGGACACUACUCGUGUGAGACGGCAGAGGACAAAAUGACAUUCCUGGUCAAGAUAAAAGAAACUCGUGCAGCUUUCUCCAACAAAGACUCUUAUCAGAAGGAGGUGAAGGUUUCAACCUCCCAAAAGGCCACACUGAGCUGUGAAGUUUCUGAUGCCAAAACUGAGGUGAAAUGGUUCAAGGAUGGCAAGCAGUUGAUUUCCAGUAAGACUGUCCACAUGGAGUCAAAGGGCAAGAGCCGUCAGCUGGUGCUGGAGAAUGUGGAAAAGAAGGAUGCUGGAGAAUAUACCUGUGAAGCUGGAAAUGAAAAGCUGGUCUUUAAGAUUCAGGUGGAAGACAUUCAAGCCGCCUUCUCCAACAAGGACUCCUAUCAGAAGGAAGUCAAAGUAGAUGCUUCCCAAAAAGCCACCCUGAGCUGUGAAGUGUCUGUCGUCAAGACUGAGGUGAAAUGGUUCAAGGAUGGCAAACAGUUGAGCUCCAGUAAGACUGUCCACAUGGAGUCAAAGGGCAAAAGCCGUCAGCUGCUGCUGGAGAACGUGCAGAAGAAGGAUGCUGGAGAAUAUAGCUGUGAAAUUGGAAAUGAAAAGCUCGUCUUUAAGAUUUGUGUGCAAGACAUUCAAGCUGCCUUCUCCAACAAGGACUCUUAUCAGAAGGAAGUGAAGGUUUCAGCCUCCCAGAAAGCCACACUGAGCUGUGAAGUGUCUGACGUCAAGACUGAGGUGAAAUGGUUCAAGGAUGGCAAACAGUUGAGCUCCAGUAAGACUGUCCACAUGGAGUCAAUGGGCAAAAGCCGUCAGCUGCUGCUGGAGAACGUGCAGAAGAAGGAUGCUGGAGAAUAUACCUGUGAAAUUGGAAAUGAAAAGCUCGUCUUUAAGAUUUGUGUGGAAGACAUUCAAGCUGCCUUCUCCAACAAGGACUCUUAUCAGAAGGAAGUGAAGGUUUCAGCCUCCCAGAAAGCCACACUGAGCUGUGAAGUGUCUGACGUCAAGACUGAGGUGAAAUGGUUCAAGGAUGGCAAACAGUUGAGCUCCAGUAAGACUGUCCACAUGGAGUCAAUGGGCAAAAGCCGUCAGCUGCUGCUGGAGAACGUGCAGAAGAAGGAUGCUGGAGAAUAUACCUGUGAAAUUGGAAAUGAAAAGCUCGUCUUUAAGAUUUGUGUGGAAGACAUUCAAGCUGCCUUCUCCAACAAGGACUCUUAUCAGAAGGAAGUGAAGGUUUCAGCCUCCCAGAAAGCCACACUGAGCUGUGAAGUGUCUGACGUCAAGACUGAGGUGAAAUGGUUCAAGUAUGGCAAGCAGUUGAGCUCCGGUAAGACUGUCCACAUGGAGUCAAAGGGCAAAAGCCGUCAGCUGCUGCUGGAGAAUGUGGAGAAGAAGGAUUCUGGAGAAUAUACCUGUGAAGCUGGAAAUGAGAAGCUUGCCUUUAAAAUUCAAGUGACAGACAUUCAAGCUGCCUUCACCAACAAAGACUCCUAUCAGAAAGAAGUCAAAGUAGCAGCUUCCCAGAAGACCACACUGAGCUGUGAAGUUACUGACCUUAAGACUGAGGUGAAAUGGUUCAAGGAUGGCAAGCAACUGAGCUCCAGUAAGACUGUCCUUAUGGAGUCAAAGGGCAAGAGCCGCCAGCUGGUGCUGGAAAAUGUAGAGAAGAAGGAUGCUGGAGAGUACACCUGUGAAGUUGGAAAUGAGAAACUUGCCUUUAAAAUUCAGAUGACAGAUAUUCAAGCUGCCUUCACCAACAAGGACUCCUAUCAGAAGGAAGUCAAAGUAGCUGCUUCCCAAAAAGCCACACUGUGCUGUGAGGUUUCUGACCCCAAGACUGAGGUGAAAUGGUUCAAGGAUGGCAAGCAGUUGACCUACAGUAAGACUGUCCACAUAGAAUCAAAGGGCAAGAUCCGUCAGCUGCUGCUGGAAAACGUGGAGAAGAAGGAUGCUGGAGAAUAUACCUGUGAAGUUGGGAACGAAAAGCUGCCAUUUAAGAUUCAGGUGACAGAGCUCAAAGCUGCCUUCACCAACAAAGACUCUUAUCAGAAGGAAGUGAAAGUUUCAGCCUCCCAAAAAGCCACACUGAGCUGUGAAGUUUCUGACCUCAAGACUGAUGUGAAAUGGUUCAAGGAUGGCAAGCAGUUGAGCUCCAGUAAGACUGUCCACAUGGAGUCAAAGGGCAAGAGCCACCAGCUGGUGCUGGAGAAUGUGGAGAAGAAGAAUGCUGGAGAAUAUACCUGUGAAGUUGGGAAUGAGAAACUUCUCUUUAAGAUUCAGGUGGAAGAUGUUUCUACCAAAUUCCAGAAGACAUCCGUAACAAAAGAAACUGUGAUGGUUGAGUCAACAGAAAAGGUUGUUUUAAAAACCGAGGUGAUGUCAGAGAAUUGUAGUGUUAAGUGGUUCAGGGAUGGAAUAGAACUGAAAGACGGCUCAAAGUAUGAGAUGAAACAGGAAGGCCGCUCACGUGUCCUCAUCGUUAAGUCCUCUGAAUCUAAAGACAGCGGCACCUACUUUUGUCAGACGGCUGAUGACAAGGUUGAGUUCAAGGUUCAGGUCAAAGAUGUACCUUUAAAGUUUGUGGUGCCAUUGCAGCCAGUGUCUGCAGUACUGGAAAGCACCAUGACACUUUCCUGCAGUCUCAACAAAGCCACGAGUAGUGUCCUCUGGAAGCAUAAUGGCAAAGAAAUCAAAUCAGGUGGCAGAUUCAGCAUCCGCACUGAUGGCGCCAACUGCAUCUUGACUGUCUCUGCUGUGGCUCAGGAGGAUGAAGGGGAGUACAGCUGCGAUUGCAAAGAUGACAAGACCUCCACCAAAGUCACUACUAAAGCCCCACGUCUAGUGAGGUUCACUACCAAGCUGAACAAUGUUGUUGCAAAUGAAGGCAAAGAUGCCAUCUUUAAAUGCUCCGUCACACCAGCCGAUGUAAGUGUCAGAUGGCUGCGUAAUGACAUUCCUAUUACAGCUAGUCCCAAAUUUAAGAUCGCUCAUGGGGGAAGCAGCCAUUCCCUCACCAUCACAGCUGUCACUCAGGAGGAUGCAGGAGAGAUCAGUAUUGAUGCCGAGGGGAAAGUGUGCAAAGCCACACUCCAAGUACAACAGCUUCCCAUCACCUUCAAGAAGAAGCUUGCAGACAUGACUGUUACUGAGCAGGACACAGUUCGUUUGGAAGUGGAGCUGAGUAAACCCUCAAAAGAUGUGAAGUGGAUGAAGAAUGGUGUGGUACUACAGCAAGGAGAAAAUAUGGAGAUCCAUGUGGAUGGUGCCAAGCAGGCUCUGGUCCUCAAGAGUGUGGCGUAUGCUGACAGAGGACAUUACUCAUGUGAAACCCUAGAUGACAAGACCCAGGCCAAACUGACAGUAGAGCUUAAGAAGAUUCAAAUAGUAAAAGGCCUAAAAGAGAUUAAAGUGCAAGAAAAAGAGACCAUCACUAUGGAGGUGGAGCUAAGCAAGGCUGAUGUAGAAGGUUCCUGGAGCAAAGAUGCAAAGAAACUAAAGGCAGGACCCAAUAUCAUCAUUACAGCACUGGGCAACAAGCACUGCUUGACUAUGUCCCAGCUGAAGAUAAGUGAUGGUGGAACUAUUACUUUCCAAGCUGAGGAUGUCCAUACUUCUGGCAAACUAAUUGUUACAGCAUACGCCACACUCUUGAGGACCAGAGCCUGCUUGGCACCAUCCACAUGGAUCUCCAUAUUUUCUCCUUGCUGUAGUGCCACACCAUUCUUCAUCCACUUGACAUCUGUUGAGGGUUUACUCAGCUCCACUUCCAAACGAACUGUGUCCUGCUCAGUCACAGUCACAUCUGCAAGUUUCUUCUUGAAGGUGACAGGAAGCUCUGCAAAAUAUGGAUACAUUUGUAUUGAGAAACAGCUGCUGCUGGAGAACGUGCAGAAGAAGGAUGCUGGAGAAUAUACCUGUGAAAUUGGAAAUGAAAAGCUCGUCUUUAAGAUUUGUGUGGAAGACAUUCAAGCUGCCUUCUCCAACAAGGACUCUUAUCAGAAGGAAGUGAAGGUUUCAGCCUCCCAGAAAGCCACACUGAGCUGUGAAGUGUCUGACGUCAAGACUGAGGUGAAAUGGUUCAAGUAUGGCAAGCAGUUGAGCUCCGGUAAGACUGUCCACAUGGAGUCAAAGGGCAAAAGCCGUCAGCUGCUGCUGGAGAAUGUGGAGAAGAAGGAUUCUGGAGAAUAUACCUGUGAAGCUGGAAAUGAGAAGCUUGCCUUUAAAAUUCAAGUGACAGACAUUCAAGCUGCCUUCACCAACAAAGACUCCUAUCAGAAAGAAGUCAAAGUAGCAGCUUCCCAGAAGACCACACUGAGCUGUGAAGUUACUGACCUUAAGACUGAGGUGAAAUGGUUCAAGGAUGGCAAGCAACUGAGCUCCAGUAAGACUGUCCUUAUGGAGUCAAAGGGCAAGAGCCGCCAGCUGGUGCUGGAAAAUGUAGAGAAGAAGGAUGCUGGAGAGUACACCUGUGAAGUUGGAAAUGAGAAACUUGCCUUUAAAAUUCAGAUGACAGAUAUUCAAGCUGCCUUCACCAACAAGGACUCCUAUCAGAAGGAAGUCAAAGUAGCUGCUUCCCAAAAAGCCACACUGUGCUGUGAGGUUUCUGACCCCAAGACUGAGGUGAAAUGGUUCAAGGAUGGCAAGCAGUUGACCUACAGUAAGACUGUCCACAUAGAAUCAAAGGGCAAGAUCCGUCAGCUGCUGCUGGAAAACGUGGAGAAGAAGGAUGCUGGAGAAUAUACCUGUGAAGUUGGGAACGAAAAGCUGCCAUUUAAGAUUCAGGUGACAGAGCUCAAAGCUGCCUUCACCAACAAAGACUCUUAUCAGAAGGAAGUGAAAGUUUCAGCCUCCCAAAAAGCCACACUGAGCUGUGAAGUUUCUGACCUCAAGACUGAUGUGAAAUGGUUCAAGGAUGGCAAGCAGUUGAGCUCCAGUAAGACUGUCCACAUGGAUUCAAAGGGCAAAAGCCGUCAGCUGGUGCUGGAGAAUGUGGAGAAGAAGAAUGCUGGAGAAUAUACCUGUGAAGUUGGAAAUGAGAAACUUCUCUUCAAGAUUCAGGUGAAAGAUGUUUCUACCAAAUUCCAGAAGACAUCCGUAACAAAAGAAACUGUGAUGGUUGAGUCAACAGAAAAGGUUGUUUUAAAAACCGAGGUGAUGUCAGAGAAUUGUAGUGUUAAGUGGUUCAGGGAUGGAAUAGAACUGAAAGACGGCUCAAAGUAUGAGAUGAAACAGGAAGGCCGCUCACGUGUCCUCAUCGUUAAGUCCUCUGAAUCUAAAGACAGCGGCACCUACUUUUGUCAGACGGCUGAUGACAAGGUUGAGUUCAAGGUUCAGGUCAAAGAUGUACCUUUAAAGUUUGUGGUGCCAUUGCAGCCAGUGUCUGCAGUACUGGAAAGCACCAUGACACUUUCCUGCAGUCUCAACAAAGCCACGGAUAGUGUCCUCUGGAAGCAUAACGGUAAAGAAAUCAAACCAGGUGGCAGAUUCAGUGUCCGCACCGAUGGCACCAACUGCAUCUUGACUGUCUCUGCUGUGGCUCAGGAGGAUGAAGGGGAGUACAGCUGCGAUUGCAAAGAUGACAAGACCUCCACCAAAGUCACUACUAAAGCCCCACGUCUAGUGAGGUUCACUACCAAGCUGAACAAUGUUGUUGCAAAUGAAGGCAAAGAUGCUAUCUUUAAAUGCUCCAUCACACCAGCUGAUGUGAGUGUCAGAUGGCUGCGUAAUGAAAUUCCUAUUACAGCUAGUCCCAAAUUUAAGAUCGCUCAUGGAGGAAGCAGCCAUUCCCUCACCAUCACAGCUGUCACUCAGGAGGAUGCAGGAGAGAUCAGUAUUGAUGCCGAGGGGAAAGUGUGCAAAGCCACACUCCAAGUACAACAGCUUCCCAUCACCUUCAAGAAGAAGCUUGCAGACAUGACUGUUACUGAGCAGGACACAGUUCGUUUGGAAGUGGAGCUGAGUAAACCCUCAACAGAUGUCAAGUGGAUGAAGAAUGGUGUGGCACUACAGCAAGGAGAAAAUAUGGAGAUCCAUGUGGAUGGUGCCAAGCAGGCUCUGGUCCUCAAGAGUGUGGCGUAUGCUGACAGAGGACAUUACUCAUGUGAAACCCUAGAUGACAAGACCCAGGCCAAACUGACAGUAGAGCUUAAGAAGAUUCAAAUAGUAAAAGGCCUAAAAGAGAUUAAAGUGCAAGAAAAAGAGACCAUCACUAUGGAGGUGGAGCUAAGCAAGGCUGAUGUAGAAGGUUCCUGGAGCAAAGAUGCAAAGAAACUAAAGGCAGGACCCAAUAUCAUCAUUACAGCACUGGGCAACAAGCACUGCUUGACUAUGUCCCAGCUGAAGAUAAGUGAUGGUGGAACUAUUACUUUCCAAGCUGAGGAUGUCCAUACUUCUGGCAAACUAAUUGUUACAGAACCUGCUGCAAAGAUCCUCAAACCUCUAAGGGAUAUCAGUUCUCCUGAAAAGGAGAAAGUCACUUUUGAAUGUGAGGUGUCAAGAGCAAAUGCUGAUGUCAAGUGGUUUAAGGAUGAUGAGGAACUGAAGCCAGGAAAGAAAUUUGGCAUCUAUUCCCAGGCCAACAAGCACACCCUCAUCAUCCACAAGUGUGUAUAUGAAGACCAGGGCCAGUAUAUAUGUAGAACAACAGAUGACAAUACUUCGGCCAAGUUCACUGUUCACGCCAGAGAUAUUAAAAUAGUCAAGCCGCUGCAGGACGUGGAGGUGACAGAGAAGGAGAGUGCAACGUUUGUUUGCGAGGUCUCUCACGAUGAGGUCGAGGCUCAGUGGCACAAAGGAGAUGCCAAACUUAAAGCUGGAGACAACAUAAAGAUAAGGCAGGAGGGAAGAACAUACAUUCUACUCUUCAAAUCUGUAAAGGCUGAGGACGCAGGUGAAAUAAAGUUCACAGCUGAGAAGGCCUCUUCAGCCGCUAAACUGAAGGUUAAAGAACUGCCUGUCAGAUUUGUGAAGAAACUGAGAGACAAAAUCGCCAUGUACAAACACCGCGCAUACUUAGAAUGUCAGGUGUCACGGGCCAACGCUAAAGUCACUUGGUACAAGAACAAGUCAGAGAUCAAACCCAGCAAGAAGCACGAGAUCACCAGUGAGGACAUCUACAGGAAGCUCACCAUCAUCGACGUGGACUCUGAUGAUGAGGAUACAUACGUGUGUGACGCCAUUGAUGAUAAGACUUCAUGUCAGCUACUAGUAGAGGAGCAGGCUAUCAGCAUAGUACGGGAGCUGAGUUCUGUGGAGGUGACCGAGCCGUUUGCUGCCAACUUUGAGGUGGAAGUCAGCGUGGAGACAGUCAAGCCAGUGAAAUGGACGCUAAAUGGGGAACAGCUGAAGGAGAGUGCAGAUAUCGAGAUGGAGAAAGAGGGAUCCAUGCACCGACUCACUUUUAAGAAGACCAAGGCCUCCAUGUCAGGCCCAGUACAGUUCACUGCCGGAAAGAGCAAAUCAACAGCUGAGCUCAAAGUGAAAGAGCGUCCCAUUGAAGUCCUGGACCCUCUUAAAGAUGUGUCAGCCAAGGAGAAGACUUCCACCACACUAUGCUGCAAGUUCUCUGCCACACCAAAAGAAGUACGGUGGCUUAAGGGUCAAACCGCUUUGGAGGCUUCUAGCAAAUACAGCAUGAAGCAAAAGGACGCCAAUGUGCAGCUGAUCAUACAAACUUUGAGUGCAGAGGAUUCUGGAGAGUAUCGCUGUCAGGUCGGGGUCUGUGAGAGCAAAGCUGUUCUCAAAGUAGAAGUGCGUAAAAUCCAAAUCACCAAACAUCUGACGGACGUGGAGGUGGAUGAAGAUGGUGAUGCUGUGUUCACCUGUGAGGUUAACUAUGCUGAUGAAGAGGUCCAGUGGACACUCAAUGACAAGCCGCUCUUCAACAAUGAGGUCAAUGCCAUCACCCAUGUGGAUAAAACCCAUACGCUCACCCUCAAGAACCUAGCACCUGAGGAUGGUGGGAAGGUCUUAUUCAGCAUCAGGGAUGUGAAAGAAACGGUCUGCCUAAAGGUCAAAGAGAAGAAAGCCAUCUUCCUAAAGUUGCUGGAUGAUGUAGUUGCAGAGGAGAAGGGUACAGUUACCCUUAAGUGUGAAGCCUCAAAGCCCAGAGUGGCCCCUGUGUGGCGCAAAGAUGGAACAGUCCUGUCAGCAGGGAAAAAGUAUGAGCUCCUCCAUGAUGGUAAGACCUUGGGACUUACUAUCCAUGAUGUCACACAAGCUGACGCCGGGGAGUACAGCUGUGAUCUUGGCACAGACCUCUCCAAGUCCAAGGUCACUGUUAGAGAUAUCCACAUUGGGAUCACCAAGCGUCUUAAAUCGGUAGAGGCCAAAGCAGGUGAAAACUGCACAUUCGAGUGUAUCUUGUCCCGAGAAAGUUCAGAGAGGUGCACCUGGAGCCUAAAAGGCCAACCUGUCACUGAUGGAGGCCGUUUCCAGAUAAGCAGCAAAGGGCGCAAGUAUACCUUAACAAUCAAAACUGUCUCAGCUUCUGAUUCCGGUGAGGUGGUCUUCACUCUCAAGGAUUUGAGCUCAAAGGCAACAUUUACUGUUGAGGGUGAAGCUCCUACCAUAUCUAAAGAGCUUCAAGGUGUCAGUGCCAAAAUUGGUGAGGAUGCCACAUUCUCCUGUGAGCUUUCUCAAUCUGGACUGGAAGUGAAGUGGUCAAAGGAUGGCAAAUCUAUUAGAAAAAGCCAGAAAUACGAAAUCAGUCAGGAGCAGACGCUCGUAAAGCUGACAAUCCGCAACGUCACUGAAAAAGAUUCUGGAGAAUACAGCUGUGAGAUCACCGGUGGUCCAACCUCCAAGGCUAAGCUGGAGAUCAAAGAACUGGCCAACAAAUUCAUUCGUGAGCUAAAGGAUGCCACUGCAGAAGAGAAGAAUGCUGUCUCCUUUGAAUGUGAGACAACCCAACCUGCCUCUAAAGUCACCUGGCUGAAAGGAACAAAGGAGAUCAGGGCUGGAGGAAGGUAUGAGCUUAUGCAAAAGGGAACUGUCCUCAUCCUCAAAGUGAAGGAUCUGGAGAAGAGUGACAGCGAGGUAUACACCUGUGACAUUGGCUCUAUGAAGAGUACAGCCAAAUUGACGGUGAAAGUGGUACCUGCUAGGUUUAAGGGUCAGAUGAAGAACCAGCAGGUUACUGAAGGUGGGAAAGUCUUACUUUCCUGUGAGCUCUCAAAACCUGGCUGCCAAGUGCAAUGGAAGAAGGGAACGGAAAGUCUGAAACAUGGGGGAAGAUAUCAGAUAAUGCAGAGGGACACCAUGUGUGAGCUACAGAUUUCAGACUUGGUGCCUGAGGACAGUGGAGAAUAUUCCUGUGAUUGUGGAAGCGAAAAAACAACAGCAAAUGUUGUUGUCAGUGCAUUACCGGUGGUCUUCAAAUGUGAGCUACAAAGCCAAGAGUGUGACGAGGGAGACAGCGUUACUCUUCACUGUGAACUCUCAAUGCGUGGAGUUCCUGUUGUUUGGAAGAAAGGAACGCAGGUGCUGCAAUCUGGGGAAAAGUACCUCAUCAUGCAAGAUGGGGCUACUUUUGAGUUGAAGAUCGCUGACCUCAGACCUGAAGAUGCUGGGCAAUACACAUGUGUGUGUGUGGACAAAAAGACUACAGCAAACAUUAAAAUCAAGGCAUUGAUCUUCAAAAGAGAACUACAAAACCAGGAGUGUCAAGAGGCGGACAGUGUUACUCUUCAGUGUGAGCUUUCCAAACCAGGAGUGCCUGUGGUUUGGAGGAAAGGAACACAAGUGAUCCAUUCUGGAGAGAAAUACCACAUAAAGCAAGUUGGUUCUGUUUUUGAACUGAAGAUCCCUGAUGUCAAACCUGAAGAUGCUGGGGUCUAUAGUUGUGAUUGUGGGUUUAGCAAGACCUCAUCUACCAUUACCAUCAAUGCACUACCAGUGGUCUUCACACAUGAGCUGCAAAACCUGGAGUGUGAUGAAGGAGGCAGUGCUACUCUGUCCUGUGAGCUUUCCAAACCUGGUGUCCCUGUGCAGUGGAAAAAAGGAAGCCAUGUUAUCCAAUCUGAAGGAAAGUACGUCAUCAGGCAGAUUGCCUCAAAGGUGGAGCUGAAGAUCACAGAGCUCAAACCUGAAGAUGAAGGAGACUACACGUGUGUAUGUGGAGACAAGGCAACAACAGCCCAUAUGAAGAUCAAGGCUCACCCAAUUCAGUUUACGGAAGUACUGCUAAACCAAGCAUGUGAUGAAGGUGGCACUGUUAUUCUGCGCUGUGAACUCUCAAAACCUGGAGUUCCUGUGAUUUGGAGGAAAGGAACACAGGUGAUCCAUUCUGGUGGAAAGUACAUCAUCAGACAAAUUGGGACUACGGUUGAGUUGAAGAUCAUUGAUGUUAAACCUGAAGAUACUGGAGACUAUGCUUGUGAUUGUGGAGACAACAUCACCACUGCUAACAUCAAAGUCAAUGCAUUACCAGUUGUCUUCAGGCAAGAGCUGCAGAACCAACAGGUUCAAGAGGGGGAAAGAAUUACUUUGCACUGUGAAGUCUCAAAACCUGGAGUUCCUGUGGUUUGGAGAAAAGGAACAGAGGUGAUCAGUUCUGGAGGAAAGUACAUCAUCAAAAAAGUUUGCUCUACUGUUGAGCUGACGAUCACUGAUGUCAAACCUGAAGAUGCUGGAGACUAUGUUUGUGAUUGCGGAGACAACAUCAGCACCGCUAGUAUCAAAGUCAAUGCAUUACCGGUGGUCUUCAAGCGUGAGCUACAGAACCAAGAGCUUCAAGAAGGGGAGAGUGUUACUUUGCGCUGUGAACUCUCAAAACCUGGAGUUCCUGUGGUUUGGAGAAAAGGAACAGAGGUCAUCAGUUCUGGAGAAAAGUACAUCAUCAAGCAAGUUAGCUCUACUGUUGAGCUGAAGAUCACUGAUGUUAAACCUGAAGACGCUGGAGAUUAUGUUUGUGAUUGUGUAGAUAACAUCUGCACUGCUAACAUCAAAGUCAAUGCAUUGCCAGUGGUCUUCAAACAUGAGCUACAGAACCAAGAAAUUCAGGAAGGAGAUAGUGUCACUUUGCGCUGUGAAGUCUCAAAACCCGAAGUUCCUGUGAUUUGGAGGAAAGGAACACAGGUGAUCCAUCCUGGAGGAAAGUACCUCAUCAAGCAAGUUGGCUCUAAUGUUGAGCUGAAGAUCACUGAUGUCAAACCUGAAGAUGCUGGAGAUUAUGUUUGUGGUUGCGGAGACAGCAUGACAACUGCCAACGUCAAGGUUAACGCUCUUCCAGCCACCUUCACACAAGAGCUAAAAAAACAGACAGCUAUUGAAGGAGAAAGCAUCAUCUUCCAGUGUGAGCUCUCCAAACGUGGAGUUCCUGUUGUUUGGAGGAAAGGGAUGCAGGUGAUCCAUUCUGGAGGAAAGUACCUCAUCAGGCAAGUUGGCUCUACUGUUGAGCUGAAGAUCACUGAUGUCAAACCUGAAGAUGCUGGAGACUAUGCUUGUGAUUGCGGAGACAGCAUUACCACAGCCAAUGUCAAGGUUAAUGCACUUCCAGCCAUUUUCACACAAGCACUAAAGAACCAGGCAGCUGUUGAGGGAGAGAGCAUCAGCUUCCAGUGUGAGCUUUCCAAAGCAGACAUUCCAGUUGAGUGGCGCAAGGGUGAAAUUGGCCUAUGCCCCAGUGCUAAAUAUGAAUUAAAGCAAGCUGGCCACCGUGCCCAACUGGUCAUACAUGACCUUGAACAUGAGGACUCUGGUGACUAUAUUUGUGACACUGGAGAACGCCAAAGCAUUGCAUAUCUGAAAGUUAAGGCACUGCCAGUUCUUUUCAAAUCAUCUCUGAAAGAUUUGGAAAGUGAAGCUGGAGAAAAUGCAGUGUUUCGAUGUGAACUUGACAAAGCUGGAGCCAAAGUCAUCUGGAGGAAAGACAAGAGUGUAAUAGAAGCAAGCCACAAAUAUCAGCUGAAGCAAGAUGGGGCUGUUGAUGAGCUUAUCAUUUACAAGCUGCAAGAAGGAGACGCUGGAGAGUACUGCUGUGAAACAGAACAUGAUCGGACAUCUGCCAAACUCACUGUGAAGGAACCUGAAAUCACGAUCUUAACUGGCUUGAAGAGCUGCAUUGUCAAUGAAGGCGAGGACGUUCAUUUCGAAUGCCUCGUCUCUCAUGACAAUGCACUCAUUGUUCAGUGGACGCUACAAGAUGUUCCACUACAGAACAAUGAGAUGAAUGAAAUCGGAAUGGACGGCAAAAGGCACAUGCUUACACUAAGAAGUGUCACCCAGAAAGACUCAGGCACAGUGUCCUUCCAUGUGGGUGCACACACUUCUUUUGCUUGUCUUACAGUCAGAGCAGUCCCUGUGCUGUCAUUUGUGAAGGAGUUAACAAGCCAGGAAGUCACAGAGGGAGGCAGUGCCUCAUUAUGUUGUGAAACUUCAAUACCUGAUGCCAGUGUGACCUGGAAGAAGGGUACUCAGGUCCUAUCUGAUGGAAAAAAGUAUUCCAUAAAGAGGGAUGGCACAAUCCAAACCUUGGAAAUCCAUAAGCUAUCAGUGGAUGAUGGUGGCGAGUACAUAUGUGAAGCAGGAGACAAACAAAGCAAAGCUACAUUGACUGUCAAAGAAUGUGUAAAAAUCACAAGAGAAUUAAAGGAUGUGACUGUGAUAACGGGCGAGGAUGCUAUCUUCCAGUGUGAGGUGUCUCAUACAGGGGUUACGAAUGUUGAGUGGUGGCUCGCCUCCAACCACCUUCAAAACAAUGACUUGAAUCAAAUCAGCUGCCGAGGGAGGGAACACAGCCUAGUGCUGAAAAUGGUCACACCCGAUGACUCAGGUGAUGUAGCCUUUGUGGUUGGCCCUGAGAAGAGCGUCGCCUACUUGUUGGUGCAGGAGAAACCCAAAGUCGUAUUCUUAGAGAAGCCUCUGGACUUAACUACCAAAGAGGGUCAAACAGUCACACUGUCCUGCAUGACUUCCGACCCUGAGGCCUCUGUCACCUGGUACAAAGAUGAAGCGAUGAUAAAGGCAGGGGGGCGGUAUCUGCUCUACAAGGAUAGAGCCGUCCAUCAGCUCCGCAUCCUUAGAGUGGAGGAAGGAGAUGCCGGGUUGUAUACAUGCAAAACCAAAGAUGCAGAAAGCUGUGCCACCCUUACUGUUAAAGGUCAACCUGCAUAUUUCCGGAAGGAGUUAGACAACCAGAAUGCAAUAGAGGGAGAUAGUAUCACCUUGCGCUGUGAGCUUUCUAAGCCGGUUAAAAGUGUAGAGUGGAGAAAGGGUGGAGUGGUGCUCCAACCCAGUAAGAAAUUUGAGAUGAAAAAGGAAGGGUGUGUGCUGGAGCUCAAUGUCCAUGAUCUGGAACCAGAGGACAAUGGCUACUACACUUGUGAUGCUGGAGACCAGUUGACCACAGCAUCAGUCACUGUGCAAGAGGCUGAGGUUCUCAUAGUGUCGGGUAUAAAGAAUACAGAUGUGUUUGUGGGCGAACAGGCAAUUUUCUCCUGCCAGCUCUCUCGCCAUGCCAAAGGCAGAGUUCAGUGGUGGCUAGACGGCACUCGUUUGGAGAACAGUACCUUCAGUGAAAUAAGUGUGGGUGAAGUCCAUGUCCACACUCUAACCCUAAGGAACCUUUCUCCCAAUGAUUCGGGUACAGUCCUUUUCAAAACAGGUGGCCUGACGUCCUCCGCCAAGCUGUUAGUGAAAGAUCCCAAUGUGGAGGUGGUCAGUGCCAUGGAGGACCAACAUGUAGCAGAAAACCAGCCUGCAGAGUUCAUCUGUCAGUACUCCCGGCCAGUCAAGGCCGUAUGGAAGCAAAACAGCAUACCUGUGCAAGCAGACGGUCGCAGGGUGAUAGUGGAACAGGACUGGACUGUUGCGCGGUUGUACAUUAGCUGUGUGGAGCCCCAGGAUGGGGGGAUGUACUCCUGUGAGGCAGAAGGAACCUCUGUUGUGGCACAUCUCAGGGUGCAAGCUAAACCAAUUGACAUUCUUCAAGAGCUGAGUAAUGUGGAGACCAUUAAUGGCGGGGAAGCACUUUUUGAAUGCUCCUUGUCUUGUCCUGUAAACAAAGACUGCCAGUGGUUAAUCGAUGGCAAGCCUGUAAAGGAGUCCGCAAACGUGGAGAUUGUUUCCUUUGAGAGUGGCAGACGCCAUCUUCUGCUUUUAAAGAACUUGCAUCCUUGUGAAAACACAAGGGUUACAUUCCAAGCUGGCACUUCAUCAACUACUGCUCUUCUGUCUGUCAAAGGUGAAGAACUCUACUUCAAAGUGCACUGGGGUCUUGUGAAUAUUACUUAUCCCCACCACCAACCCUCUAUAGAUCCCAAUGUGGAGGUGGUCAGUGCCAUGGAGGACCAACAUGUAGCAGAAAACCAGCCUGCAGAGUUCAUCUGUCAGUACUCCCGGCCAGUCAAGGCCGUAUGGAAGCAAAACAGCAUACCUGUGCAAGCAGACGGUCGCAGGGUGAUAGUGGAACAGGACUGGACUGUUGCGCGGUUGUACAUUAGCUGUGUGGAGCCCCAGGAUGGGGGGAUGUACUCCUGUGAGGCAGAAGGAACCUCUGUUGUGGCACAUCUCAGGGUGCAAGCUAAACCAAUUGACAUUCUUCAAGAGCUGAGUAAUGUGGAGACCAUUAAUGGCGGGGAAGCACUUUUUGAAUGCUCCUUGUCUUGUCCUGUAAACAAAGACUGCCAGUGGUUAAUCGAUGGCAAGCCUGUAAAGGAGUCCGCAAACGUGGAGAUUGUUUCCUUUGAGAGUGGCAGACGCCAUCUUCUGCUUUUAAAGAACUUGCAUCCUUGUGAAAACACAAGGGUUACAUUCCAAGCUGGCACUUCAUCAACUACUGCUCUUCUGUCUGUCAAAGCUUGGCAACUGGAGGUGGUCAAGCCUUUGGAAGAUAAGACCGCCAUUGCAGGAGAACAAGUUGAGUUCACUUGUGUUUUGAAUGAAGCUGUGCCUGAGAGUGAAGUGACUUGGUAUGCAAAUGGUGUUGAGCUAAAAUGUAAUGAUCAAUGGGCCAUGAGAGCCAGUGGCUCUUCCUACAGCCUAAUUUUGAAAAAAGCCCAGGCUCAGCCCACACAGGAAAUCACAUUUGCAGCCCGGGAUGCCUUAUCAAUUGCCAAACUCAUCACAAUAUCUGUGCCUGAUCCCCCUGAAGACCCAGAGCUGGUUAUUAAAGGUCCAACGUUCGUCACCUUAUCUUGGUUCACGCCCCUAAGUGAUGGAGGAAGCCCAAUCAUUGGUUACCGUGUGGAAAUGCGUCUAGUGGACAGUGUCCUCUGGCUGCCCUGCCACUCAGAACCAGUAUGCAACACUGAAUUUCUGGUUGAAAACCUCAUACCGGGGGAAGGUUACAGGUUCAGAGUGGCAGCCAUCAACCGUGCUGGUAUUGGAGAGCCUGUCCAGCUGCCUCAAACUGUGACACUUGAUGCACAAGUGACCAUGACCAAAAUGUUAAGCAGCUCUAAGAUCCAAAAAGGAAAGAUGGUUCGUUUGGAGUGUGAACUUUCUACAGAGAGCAAGUCAGUCACAUGGCUAAAGGACAACAGAGAGAUAGAUGUUGGGGUCAAGUACCAAAUGGUAACAGAAGGAAAGAGCCAAGUUUUGCUCAUAAAGGAUUUCCAGUCUACAGAUCAGGGUGUCUAUUAUUGUGUAGCCUCAGAAGAGGCAAAGACUUCAAUCAACCUUAACCUCGAAGGAGAUGACACAACACUUUCUCAGGAUGUGGGCAGCCAGCCCAAACUGCCGUCUGAGGCUGCUUCUGAGGGAGAUUUACAUGCUCUAUGGGAUGCAGUGGCCAAGAAGAGGAGAAUGAGUCGGGAACCCACAUUAGAUUCAAUUUCAGAGUUGCCAGAAGAAGAUGGAAAAGAAAAAGCCCAGAGCAAAGAAGGAAAAUUACCUGAAAGGGAAGUGAGACCUGUUGAACCAACUCCCAAGAUCACAGGGGAGCCUAAUCUCUAUACAAGUUCUGAUGAGGAAUCUCUCAGUGGGACAACAAGCUUGGUGUCUUACCUAAAGAAAAGCAGCAAGUCCUCUAUGACUGUGGAAAGUCACACUGAGACUAUUGCCUCCAAGAAACUGUAUGAGCACUUCCAGAUGACAGAGCAAUCUGUUACAAAGACAUCUGUGGAACCCCUCAUGGAAGCUCAGAAAGGGGAUGAGUUGCAAGAGGCUGUUGUCAAGAUUCAGGCAGCCUUCAAAGGUUAUAAAGCCAGGAAGGACAUGCGACCAGUCUUCAAAGAAGUAUUUAAGGAUCAAACUAAGGAGCCCAAUGGGACAAUUCAUCUUGAGUGCAUUGUGGAGGGUAAGCCGGAUAAAGUUCGCUGGCUGAAAGAUGGUGAACCCUUAACAGAUGGCAAGCACCACCAUAUUGACAUCUACAAUGAUGGCACCUGUUCUCUAGUAGUGACAGCUGCCACAACCAAAGACACAGGUGUAUAUACUUGUGAAGUAACCAAUAAGUUUGGUGUUUCCACCCAUAGUGGCAAAGUCACUGUAGGGUCCAUGCGGGAAUCUUCUGGACGACGCCCACUCACUCUAGGCUACAGUGCAGAUAGCGAAGCUGAGAGCUCCUCAGGGAGUGAGAUGGAUGAGACUUUACGGCAAGCAAGUAAACGAUUACGGCGACUUCUUUGUACUCGCCUCCCUCCAGAUGUGGAAGAGGAACCUUUUGUUAGUGCGGAUGAAGGAGAUUUACCGCCACCGGACUUACAGUCUUACCGGGAAGACGAUCAGUAUAUCUACAUCCGUUUUGAUAAUCGUGCAGAAGCUCAAGUAGCUUCCCAGCGCUUCCAGGAAAUGUUUACUUAUCAAGGAGUGCCAAUCGAAAUGGCCAUCAUAGCAGUGGCAGGUGCUAAGGUAGAGCUGCGUAUCACAAAGAUGGGUCUCUCCCAAGAUGGCUCCCAAACCCCAACUCAGGACCGACCGAUGCCUGCUUUCAUGACAGGAGCCCCUGCGGCCCCCGUCUUCCUGACGGAGCUCCGUAGCCAAGAUGUUCCUGAUGGGUUUCCAGUCAGUUUUGACUGUGUAAUUGUUGGCAACCCUCCUCCCACUGUGAGAUGGUUCAAGGAUGGAAAAAUGUUGGAGGAAAACGACCACUACAUGAUCAAUGAAGACCAAGAAGGCCAUCACCAGCUGAUCAUCACAGCUGUGCUGCCCACAGACAUGGGCGUGUACCGAUGCAUGGCUGAAAAUGACAGUGGCAUCGCCUCCAGCAAGGCUGAGCUGAGGGUGGACAUGUCUUGCAGCUCAGACUAUGACACAGCAGCCGAUGCCACAGAGACAUCUUCCUAUGUCAGUGCUAAAGGUUAUGUGUCUAGCUCAGAGCACAGGGACACAGAGGCUUUUGAGUCGGUGGCAGAGGACGAGCAGCUUCCUCAAGUUGUGGAUGAGUUACAUGAUUUAUUCCUCAGUCCCGGAGCACCCAUUGCCAAAAUGAGUGUCAGGGUCAAAGGAUUUCCCACACCAAGGGUUUACUGGUUUAAGGAUGGCACCCCACUCCAAGCCUCCAGCAGAAUUGUACUGUCGACCGAGCGAGAUCAGCACAGUCUUGAGAUUUUAGAUGUUAAGCGUGAGGACACCGGAGAAUACUCAGCAUAUAUUAGCAAUAUAGCUGGCUCUGCCUACUCUUCGGCACGACUGAAUGUACUGGCUCCUGGAGAGCGCCCCGCACCUGAACAGGGACGAAUGAGAGAUUCAAAGGUGCCACUUGUGCCACCACGCUUCCUGGAGAAGUUCAGCAACAAGAAGGUGAAACAGGGAGCAAGUAUAACGCUGUCAGUCAAAGUGGAAGGCUCCCCAACCCCAUCUGUAAACUGGUUAAAGGAAGUGUCAGAUAAGGAUGUUCUGUGGAUAAAGGCAGACACACCAGGUUACAAGGUGGCCAGCUCUGGCCGUCAACAUAGUCUCAUCCUCAUGGAAGUGGAAAAAAAACAUGGCGGCAUGUACACUUGCAUCGCCACCAACCGUGCUGGACAGUCAGUCAACACAGCCCUACUGGAUGUGGAGACAGCACCAGACCAAAAGAAAGUGGGGCCAGAGGUUCUGGGAAUUACUAUCAGCCCACCGGAGGAAGAGGGCAAAGGAGAGAUCAAACUACCUUCCUUGGGUGAAGUGGGUACAGAGGAGUUCUUACAAAAACUCACAACCCAAAUCACAGAAAUGGUAUCUGCCAGGUUUACUCAAGCUUCAUUACGUGUCCCAGGAGCUGACAGCGAUGAUGAAACAAAAACACCAUCUCCAUAUCACGGCCGAUCACGCCCUCCAUCUCUGAUCGCAGACUCAUCAUCUGAGUCAGAUGAUGGAGAUGCCAGGGGAGAGAUGUUUGAUAUCUAUGUGGUGAUCGCUGACUACAACCCCAUGGGAGUCAGCAAAGAUGUCAUCGCUCUGAAAGAGGGCCAGUAUGUGGAGGUUCUGGAUUCUGCCCACCCACUUAAAUGGCUGGUCCGCACCAAGCCCACCAAAUCCAAUCCAUCUCGCCAGGGAUGGGUCUCGCCUGCGUAUCUCGACAAAAGACUGAAGCUGUCUGCAGAUGUUGCAGACCUCCCAGAGACCACCAGAGAAGAAGUCACAGAGACAGAGUACAAGAAAAAACUCUGUCUACUCGUCCAGGAGCUGAUUAGCACAGAAACUGAGUUUCUGAAGGAGAUGGAGUUCUUCACAUCACACCAUCUGAAGGGUGUGGAUAAAGAGAGCACACCGUCUGAAAUCACCAGCCAGAAGGAAACCAUCUUCCGUAAUAUCAAUGAUUUGAAAUCCUUCCACAUCAGUACUUUGCUGCCUGGUCUGCGUGAUUGUGACACGGAUGAUGACAUUGCCAUGCAUUUCCUGAGAAACUCUGAAGGGUUUGAGAAAUAUUUGCAGUACCUCAUUGGACAAUUGCAAGCCGAGUCCGUCAUCAGUGAGAAAGAAGUGCACCAAUAUUUCAAGGAUUAUACAGUCUCGGAGUUGGCAAAUGUUGACCCCUCAGAGGGUCCAGUGCUAAGCAUCAACGCUUACCUUCAGAGACCACCGGAGAGAAUUCAGAAGUACAGAGCUUUACUGAAGGAAUUGAUCCGGAACAAGGCGAGGAACGGUCAAAACUGCUGUUUGUUGGAGCAGGCCUAUGCCAUGGUGUCAUCCCUCUCCCAGCGCUCAGAAAACACACACCAUGUCUCCCUCAUAGAGAACUACCCCGCCAAUCUGGAGGCACUGGGAGAACCUAUUAGACAGGGGCCCUUCACUGUUUGGGAAGGAGCUCCUGGAAUUCGAACAUCUUCCAGAGGUCACCACCGCCACGUUUUCCUCUUCAAAAACCAUGUGGUCAUCUGCAAACAGAAGAGAGACACGAACACAGACACCCAAGCAUAUGUGUUCAAGAAUAUGAUGAAGCUUACAAACAUUGAUGUGAAUGAGACGGUGGAGGGUGAUGAAAGAGCGUUUGAGAUCUGGCAUGAGCGCGAGGACUCCGUGAGAAAAUACACGUUGCAGGCACGGACUGUUGUCAUCAAGAACUCAUGGCUCCGCGACCUCCGUGACCUUCAGCAGCGCUACAGCAUGCCAGCAUGGAGCCCUCCAGAUUUUGACGCGGUGUUGACAGACUGCACAGCAGAGCUCGGACAGACGGUAAAGCUCGCCUGCAAGGUCACUGGUGCCCCCAAACCACAGGUCACCUGGUACAAAGACGGGCGUGCCGUGGAAGCGGAUCCUCAUCACAUCAUCAUUGAGGACCCAGACGGCUCUUGCACACUCAUUUUGGACAACAUGACAGCAGACGACUCAGGACAAUACAUGUGCUUCGCCACCAGCUCUGCGGGCAACGCCAGCACACUAGGCAAAAUCACUGUGCAGGUACCUCCACGUUUUGUGAAUAAGAUCCGGAAUGCCACCCUUUAUCCAGGAGAAGAAGCACAGUUCACCUGCACCAUCCAGAGUGCACCGAGUCCCAAGAUAAGAUGGUUUAAGGAUGGUAAACUACUGACAGACCUGGAGAAGUUUCAAACAUACAGUGAACCGCGUAGUGGAGUGUUGGUUCUAGUUAUCAAGAACCCUGGAGAACGAGACCUUGGACAAUAUGAGUGUGAGCUGUCAAACCGUCUGGGCAGUGCCAGGUGUGCGGCACAGCUGAUCACUCCUGCUGUGGCAAUGGCGGGAGAACGUAGAGCAGAUCAGGCCAUCAGUAUAGAAGUAACGGAACAAGAGACGAAAAUACCGAAGAAAACCAUAAUUAUUGAGGAGACCAUCACCACAGUGGUGAAGAACACCCGUAUGAAACGGCACGCAUCCCCACGACCAUCGCCCAUGGGAGCUCACCGCUCAGAGACGUCCACACCCGAACCGCCCAGACAGAGACGAACCCUGGCCAGGAAGACUGUACCGACACUGUACGUUCCAGAGCCGGAGGGUGCCACGGCCAGGAACCCAAGAUGGGUAGAAGUCGAAGAGAUAAUCGAGUAUAAAGUGAACAAAUCACCCAAGUUACCAAGAAGAAGAGGCGUUUCCCCCAGCAAGUUCUCACCACCUGGCAAUCCAAACACUAAUAACUCCAACAACAAGUUACUCGAGGAGGCAAUGGGUGCCGCAAUGGCUCUGCAAUGUUCUUCUGGUACAGAUGAAGAGGAAACUGCACUGAAUGUGUCUGAGGUACCUUCAGAGGUCGACAAUAUGACAACAUACUCAGGAGAAAUUGAUGACCUAUGUGUCUCUGAUGGAGAUGAUGAAGGAACUAUUGUCGUGGAGCAUGAAGAUGACGAACUUGAUGCUCGAGACCGAAAAAUGCUGACUGAUGGGAAUCGAGUUCUUACUCUUGAAGAUCUCGAGGACUACGUCCCUCAGGAAGGGGAAACAUUUGGCAGUGGUACAGACCAGCAUGUCCUCUUCGAGAAACCAAGUGAGAUCUCAGUGUUGCAGAGAGAAAUUAACGAGCCUGUCGUUGGCAAACCCAUUGUGUUGAACGUGGUACGUCCGGUGCCCCAAGCAAAGCCUCGCAUGGGAUUCUUUGGGUCCUUCAAGGAUCACAUUUCCAGCAUGUUUAGUCCAGGUUCAUCGGUGAGUGGCAGCUCUCAGGCAAGGCGAGAGAAGACCAUACCUAUUCAUGUGACGGUACAACCUUCAUCCAACGAUUCACGCCAUACCAGUAGCUUUGCGAGGCUUGAAGUCCAGCCGACGUACUGCUCCGAGGUCCAGAGAGGAAAGGAAGGAGGUCUGCAGAGCUUCAAAACACAGGUUGCCGCACAAACCCGCAGCUACACGCCAACCGGACAGGUCACUCUUCAGAUCAGCAAGAAGAAACCAUUUGAAAAGCAGUAACCAAGAGGAAACCACUCAGGACAGAUUCUCUGAUGCUUGUUUCCAGCAUGCAAAAUCAGGAACAUACAAGUAGGCCUAGUCUUAAAUGGGAACACUUCUGUAAAAUCUUGCGAUCUGGGAGUGUAAUUCAAUAGUGAAGCUUCUUCUAACAGCAGAUCAUUCCAUGUUGAGGCAAAGGAUUCGCUUGCCAAACUCAAUGACCUAAUGAAGACUUUCUAAUUUCUUGAGUUCCCGUGAGCAAAUGUGCAGCUGUGCUUCGGAACGGCAAGUCUGAUACAACAUGAAUGUGCAAAUAUGGACAGUAAAGCUGUCUUUCGUCUAAAGCAGGGGCGUCCAGUCCUGGCCAUGGAGGACCAACGUCCUGCAGAGUUUAGCUUUAACCAGCUCCAACACAGUUGCCUGGAAGUUUCUAGUA